GUGGAGCUGCCGACGCAGGAGCAGAUGAUGAUGGACGACGUGAUGAACAACAACUGCAUGGUCAAGAUGGUGCUGUCGUGCGUCAUGGGGGGCGUGCUGGGCGCGGGCAUGGGCAUCUUCUUCGGCGCGUUCGAGCCGAUGCAGCCCGGGGAGGAAAAGCUCGGGGUGAUGCAGACGCUGCGCAACUACGGACGGCAGAGCCUCUCCAAGUCGUGGUCGUACGCGAAGGGGUUCGCGGCGUUCGGCGCGCUGUACUCAGGAUCCGAGUGCGUCAUCGAGCAGACCAGGGCCAAGCACGACAUCUACAACAGCGCGUACGCUGGGUGUUUCACGGGCGGCGUGAUGGCCCGCAGCGGCGGGAAAGAGGGGAUGGCGAUGGGUUGCGCGACGAUGGCGGCGCUCUCGGUGUGCAUGGACCGCUUCAUGGACAUCCACUAG